CCGCCGGCCGGGCCUCCGACGCCCAGAAACACGCCGGAGACCUACUGAUCGUGGCCGAUCCGCGGAGGCAGAAAGGGAAGAUGGCGAACGACUCCCCUGCCAAAAGUCUGGUGGACAUAGACCUGUCCUCCCUGCGGGAUCCGGCGGGGAUUUUCGAGCUGGUGGAAGUGGUGGGAAAUGGCACCUACGGACAAGUCUAUAAGGGUCGACAUGUUAAAACAGGUCAGCUGGCAGCCAUCAAAGUUAUGGAUGUUACCGAGGAUGAAGAGGAGGAAAUCAAACUGGAGAUAAAUAUGCUGAAGAAAUAUUCUCAUCAUAGAAAUAUUGCAACGUAUUACGGUGCUUUCAUUAAAAAGAGCCCCCCAGGGCACGAUGACCAGCUUUGGCUCGUUAUGGAGUUCUGUGGGGCCGGAUCCAUCACAGACCUGGUGAAGAACACCAAGGGCAACACGCUAAAGGAAGACUGGAUAGCCUACAUCUCCAGGGAGAUCCUGCGGGGCCUGGCCCAUCUCCACAUCCAUCACGUGAUCCACCGCGACAUCAAGGGCCAGAAUGUGCUGCUGACCGAGAACGCAGAGGUGAAGCUGGUGGACUUCGGGGUGAGUGCCCAGCUGGACAGGACCGUGGGGAGGAGGAACACGUUCAUAGGCACCCCAUACUGGAUGGCCCCUGAGGUCAUUGCCUGUGACGAGAACCCGGACGCCACCUACGAUUACAGGAGUGACCUCUGGUCCUGUGGCAUCACUGCCAUUGAGAUGGCUGAAGGCGCUCCCCCUCUCUGCGACAUGCAUCCCAUGAGAGCCCUGUUUCUCAUCCCCCGGAAUCCUCCUCCCCGGCUGAAGUCCAAAAAAUGGUCCAAGAAGUUUUUUAGUUUUAUAGAAGGAUGCCUGGUGAAGAAUUACAUGCAGCGGCCCUCCACCGAGCAGCUUCUGAAGCAUCCUUUCAUUAGGGAUCAGCCGAACGAAAGGCAGGUUAGAAUCCAGCUUAAGGACCAUAUAGACCGGACCAGGAAGAAGAGAGGAGAGAAAGAUGAAACCGAGUAUGAGUACAGUGGGAGUGAGGAAGAGGAGGAGGAGGCGCCUGAGCAGGAGGGCGAGCCCAGCUCCAUCGUCAACGUGCCGGGGGAGUCGACGCUGCGCCGGGACUUCCUGCGGCUCCAGCAGGAGAACAAGGAGCGCUCCGAGGCCCUGAGGAGGCAGCAGCUCCUGCAGGAGCAGCAGCUCCGCGAGCAGGAGGAGUAUAAACGGCAGCUGCUGGCGGAGAGGCAGAAGCGGAUCGAGCAGCAGAAGGAGCAGAGGCGGCGGCUGGAAGAGCAACAGAGGAGAGAGCGGGAAGCCAGAAGGCAGCAGGAACGUGAGCAGCGGAGGAGGGAACAGGAGGAGAAGAGGCGGCUGGAGGAGCUGGAGAGACGACGGAAGGAGGAGGAGGAGCGGAGGCGGGCGGAGGAGGAGAAGAGGAGAGUGGAGAGGGAGCAGGAAUACAUCCGACGGCAGCUGGAAGAGGAACAGCGUCACCUGGAACUGCUUCAGCAGCAGCUGCUCCAGGAGCAGGCCAUGCUACUGGAGUGCCGCUGGCGGGAGCUGGAGGAGCACCGGCAGGCAGAGCGGCUCCAGAGGCAGCUGCAGCAAGAACAAGCCUAUCUCCUGUCUCUACAGCACGACCCCCGGAGGCCGCCCCCGCCGCCAGACAGGAGCAAGGCUGGCCUGCACGAGCCCAAGGCCCCGCACGAGCCCGCUGACCGGGCCCGCGAGGUGGAAGAUAGAUUUAGGAAAACUAACCACAGCUCCCCCGAAGCCCAGUCUAAGCAGACGGGCCGAGUAUUGGAACCUCCAGUGCCUUCCAGAUCAGAGUCUUUUUCCAGUGGCAGCUCCGAGUCUGUGCACCCUGCCCUGCAGAGACCCGCCGAGCCACAGGUACAGUGGUCCCACCUGGCAUCUCUCAAGAACAAUGUUUCCCCUGUCUCGAGAUCCCAUUCCUUCAGUGACCCUUCUCCUCCCAAAUUUGCACACCACCAUCUUCGCUCUCAGGACCCCUGCCCACCUUCCCGCAGUGAGGUGCUCAGUCAGAGUUCUGACUCUAAGGCGGAGGUGCCCGACCCAGCCCAGAAGGCUUGGUCUAGAUCAGACAGUGACGAGGUGCCUCCAAGGGUCCCUGUGAGAACAACGUCACGGUCCCCCGUCCUGUCCCGCCGGGAUUCCCCACUGCAGGGCAGUGGGCAGCAGAGUAACCAAGCUGGUCAGAGAAACUCCACCAGUAGCAUCGAGCCAAGGCUGCUCUGGGAGAGAGUGGAGAAGCUGGCGCCCAGGCCAGGCAGUGGCAGCUCCUCGGGGUCCAGCAACUCAGGGUCCCAGCCCGGCUCCCACCCAGGGUCUCAGAGUGGCUCCGGGGAGCGCUUCAGAGUGAGAUCAUCAUCCAAAUCUGAAGGCUCGCCAUCUCAGCGCCUUGAAAACGCAGCAAAAAAGCCUGAAGAUAAAAAGGAAGUGUUUAGACCUCUCAAGCCUGCUGGUGAAGUGGACCUGACGGCGCUGGCCAAAGAGCUGCGGGCCGUGGAGGACGUGCGGCCGCCGCACAAGGUGACGGACUACUCCUCCUCCAGCGAGGAGUCGGGGACGACGGACGAGGAGGACGACGACGCGGAGCAGGAAGGGGCCGAGGAGCCCACGUCUGGCCCGGAGGACACCAGAGCCGCAUCAUCUCUGAACUUGAGCAACGGUGAAACGGAGUCCGUGAAAACCAUGGUUGUCCAUGACGACGUGGAGAGUGAACCAGCCCUGACCCCGUCCAAAGAGGGCACGCUGAUCGUCCGCCAGAGUGCAGUUGACCAAAAGCGCGCCAGCCAUCAUGAGAGCAAUGGCUUUGCGGGUCGCAUUCACCUCUUGCCAGAUCUCUUACAGCAAAGCCAUUCCUCCUCCACUUCCUCCACCUCCUCUUCCCCAUCCUCCAGCCAGCCGACACCCACCAUGUCCCCACAGACACCCCAGGACAAGCUCACUACUAAUGAGACUCAGUCCGCUAGUAACACACUCCAGAAACACAAAUCUUCCUCCUCCUUUACACCUUUUAUAGACCCCAGAUUACUACAGAUUUCUCCAUCUAGCGGGACAACAGUGACUUCUGUGGUGGGGUUUUCCUGUGAUGGAAUGAGACCCGAGGCCAUGAGGCAAGAUCCUACGCGGAAGGGCUCAGUGGUCAAUGUCAAUCCCACUAACACUCGGCCCCAGAGCGACACGCCAGAGAUUCGCAAAUACAAGAAGAGGUUUAACUCUGAGAUCCUGUGCGCUGCCUUGUGGGGAGUGAACUUGUUGGUGGGUACUGAGAGUGGCCUGAUGCUGCUGGACAGAAGUGGCCAAGGGAAGGUGUAUCCUCUGAUCAACAGAAGGCGAUUUCAGCAGAUGGACGUCCUGGAAGGCUUGAACGUCUUGGUGACGAUAUCUGGCAAAAAGGAUAAGUUACGUGUCUACUAUUUGUCCUGGUUAAGAAAUAAAAUACUUCACAACGACCCAGAGGUUGAGAAGAAGCAGGGCUGGACGACAGUGGGGGACCUGGAAGGCUGUGUGCAUUAUAAAGUUGUAAAAUAUGAAAGGAUCAAAUUUCUGGUCAUUGCUUUGAAGAACUCUGUGGAAGUCUACGCGUGGGCACCCAAGCCAUAUCACAAAUUCAUGGCCUUUAAGUCGUUUGGCGAGCUGGUGCACAAGCCGUUGCUGGUGGAUCUCACUGUUGAGGAAGGCCAGAGGCUGAAAGUGAUCUAUGGAUCCUGUGCUGGAUUCCAUGCUGUUGAUGUGGACUCGGGAUCGGUCUAUGACAUUUACCUACCAACACACGUAAGAAAGAACCCACACUCUAUGAUCCAAUGCAGCAUCAAACCCCACGCGAUCAUCAUCCUCCCCAACACAGACGGCAUGGAGCUCCUGGUGUGCUAUGAAGAUGAAGGGGUUUACGUAAACACGUAUGGGAGGAUCACCAAGGACGUGGUUCUGCAGUGGGGAGAGAUGCCGACGUCUGUAGCAUAUAUUCGAUCCAAUCAGACGAUGGGCUGGGGAGAAAAGGCCAUAGAGAUCCGAUCUGUGGAAACUGGCCACUUGGAUGGCGUGUUUAUGCACAAAAGGGCUCAAAGGCUGAAGUUCUUGUGUGAACGCAAUGACAAGGUGUUCUUUGCCUCGGUCCGGUCUGGGGGCAGCAGCCAGGUUUACUUCAUGACUCUCGGCAGGACCUCUCUUCUGAGCUGGUAGGAGUGGCGGGCUAGGCUGCGGCCCCGGAGGUGUCGACCAUGAGAACCCGGAGAUCCUGGCAACUGGAGUGCGGAGCUGCCCGGGCCGCGUGGGCAGGGGUCUCCUCCCUGCCCCCACCCGCUCUUACCAGUCAUCCCCAUUCUCUUCUUGUCCUGUUCGAAAUAAAUCGAGGCUGCAUCGCAGCUGGUGCUGUUGAGACUGCCAUCAGGUGCUAUCCGUGCUGGGAUGGAGCGGCGGGCAGAACGCAUGCGCAUUCCCUCCAGCUCCAGCGUUCCUUGUCUGCGGCUCCAUGCUGGGGCGUCUGCGGGUGGAGACCAGACGCUGGUGGGGGGGGGUUGGCAGGUGUAAACGUGCGCUCGGAGGAGCAGGUCGCUGAAGCCAAGAGCAGAUUUAAUAUAGUAACAUUAACAACGUAUUUAAUUGACAUUUCUUUUUUUUUUUUUUUGUAAUGUGACCAUAUGUGGACAAAGAAGAAGGUGCAGGUUUAAGAAGUUAAUAUUUAUAAAAUGUGAAAGACACAGUUACUAGGAUAACUUUUUUGUGGGUGGGGCUUGGGAGGCGGGCGGGUGGGUUUAGCGACCCAUUUGGUUUCUUGGGAAUUUUUUUUUUUUUGGCCAAGAACUCAGUCGUUUUUCUGUGUACCAAGUUUUGCCUAAAAUCACGUGCAGAUGAUUCUUUUAAAAAAAAGGAAAAAGAAAGGGUGUGCAUUUGUAUCCUGCCCAGAACCUUGUUGUGUGACAGUAUUAGCGCUGCCUCGGUCAAAGGUUUAAUUUUUGUUUAAACCUGGAAGUGCAACAGCAGUUUCACCACGAUCGGCACUUGCAGAGGGGAAAAAAAUCUUUUUCAACCACGUGUUUAUUUUUUCGCCUACCUCAUUGUUUUUAAUGCAUUAAGAGGUGGUUUAGUUUCUAUGUCUUUGGAGAAAAACAUUAAUGUUUAACCUUAAUACCAAAAUGAUCCAAUUGAAGUUUGACUGUUAUUUUGUCACGUCUCAGUAGGCACAAGAGAAAUUGUCCCCGAAGGUGGGAAACAGCCAUGAGGCUUGUCCGCUGAUGGGCACGUCUGCUUUCUGAGCUGAGAAAGCAGAUCACGUCGUUUUCCACCAGAUUCAUCAGGGGUGGUGGUGGAUGGAUAGACGGCCAUUGCCCACAGCACGCGGGGCCUCGCUGUUCGCAGCUCGGAGUUUGCAGACAGGUGGUCAUAUGGGGGACAACCCCACGGACUGUCAACAGUGUUGCCGGAACCUUUCCUUGGGGCCGGGGGUGUUUCCCUUUUUCUAAAAAUGCAAUGCACUAAAACUAUUUUAAGAAUGUAGUUAAUACUGCUCAUUCAUAAGAUAGCAUCUUCCUGCGUUUCAGGUGUGAUAUCAGAGCCCUGGCUUCUCGAGUGCUCUCCCUUGCUCACUCUCUCUGCCCGCUCUCUCUGUUUUUUAAACCAGUUUUACUUUAUGAAUAUGUUCAUGACAUUUGUAAUAAAUGUCUUGGGUAAUAA